AUGGCCCUGAAAUGGAACCCUUCCCAAACCAACUUUCUGCCUUCCAUAUACUUUUGGGCGGACUGGCUCGAAGCUUUCUUUUCCUUAGCCCGAAGCUCAUUAUUUCAGAUCCUCUGCUGCAUAACUGGUCUGUUUGGUGUCUGCCAAAAACGGGUCUUCCUUCUGAUCGCUCUUACCAUUUCCACUGUGAUUUCGAUAUGCCAGAACGUCCUUAUAUUUUUGUGGUAUAUCGGAGUAUUCGGUGAUAUAUCCAGACCGGUGUUAUCAGCUGGAUUACCGUAUUCCUAUUCUUUCUUUUUGAAACACACUCCAUCUUGUGGAGCGCGGUUCGACCUGCAGAGAUCGAAAUGGGUACAGUUGCCAUGUAUUGUACCCUAUAAUCAAAUCGAAGCCGGUCAAGCUCUCUUGCAUAUAAUUCUUGCCGGUAUCACGCUAAUUCUCAGUAUUGUGGUUGUAUUGGAAAGAAAACGUGAUAAAGAUCGAUUAAAACCUCCUCAAUCUGUCCAAUACGCACAGAUUAAGCGGAAUCAACUGCCGCCUCCAUUGACGAUUAGUGAACUCGGGAGCGGCUACGUGAACUCGUCCAGCGACGACAUGACGGCGACAACGGUAACUCUACCUGAGCAACGGGUCGUUCCUCCAUUUUCCUACGAGCGACAUAAUCGUAACAAGCGGGCCAGAAUACGACCAAACUCAAUGGUGUGCAUUGCAUUGUUAAGAAUUUUUCAGUUCCGUUUAUAA